UGACAUGGGCCCUUUAACAGCGCCAUCUGAAGUUGAUGAUAAUGAUGAUGUAAAGCGAGCCCUCAAGGAAAAAUGCGCGCACGCGCGGAACACAUCGUAGCAUGCAAAGUGGGUUUUCCCCACCGCUGGUUUUCCCCAUUGAAUGAACAAACACAACAACUUCGAGCUACAAUGUAUAAUGUGAAUGUGAUUGCUACGCUACGUACAUUAUCAGCUGGACGAAUAUGAAAGAGAGUGGGAAGCAAAAGACAAACGGAAACCAUCCAGCUUAACAGGAGAACGAGCUCUAUUGACUGCCAAUUGAGCCAUCAAGGCAUGCUUUGUUUCAAGUGCUUCAUCAAUGGAUUUCUCAAUUACCAGAAGUCUAGGAAUUCAGGAAGCAAAGGUUUAGCGUGUAUUCUUAAAGAGCAGAAGUGAUCACAUUCCAUGUGGUCAGCAUGCCUAAGAAGAGGGUUUCACACAAUAGAAAAAAAUGGCAACAGUCAUCAGCAAAGCACAACCCAAGAAAAACCAAAGAUGAGAAUAUGACAGGACCCAGUACCGAUCCCCAAGGGACACCAGGAGACGGAGAGAAAGCAUGGUCCAUGAGGGAUGGAGCCACAGCAAUAGCUGCAAUGCGACUUGAAGAGAAGGACAUUCAACAAGACAGUAUGGCUCUACUCCAAAAGAGCAGCCCCCUGGUUGACCAACCUUCUGGUGAUGUGGAAGUACAAGAGAGCUGGCUUGAGAAUCUGCCAGAGCUCACCGAACUCACCCUGUGGAAGGUCAGUGAGGUCAUUUCACCGCACAGAUUAAUGCCAUUGGCACUGAAGCUUGGUCUACCUCAGAUAAAGUUGAAGAUUCUGCUUGAUGAAAGAAGCACCAUGUGCCAACAGGAAGAGAAAACCUUCAAGAUGCUCUACCAGUGGUACAUUGACCAAAUAGGUGACCCGUCCAAGUUCCUCUUCCAGGUUCUGACAACAGACGAGGGUCUAGACCAGGAACCAGUCUUCAAAUUGUUUUUUGAGAAGCAGCACACAUGCACAAGCCUUUUUGGAAGAUCUUUCCAGGAUUUGCAGCUGUGGGAAAUAGCAGAAGAACUCCAUCUGGAUAAGCUGAUCCCAUUGAGUCUUCGAUUAGGUCUGACCUAUGCAACGAUCUGCAGUAUUCGAGAGGACAGCAACAGUCAUUCUGUAAAUGUAUGCUUCAACGUCAUGGUUCAGUGGCAAAAGAAACAAACAGCUCAGAUCGACCAGGUCGAAACUCUCGCCAGGAUUCUGGAGGCAUGCCGUGAGAGAAGAAUAGCAUACAUGAUCCGCCAGAAUCACUUGGGUGUCACCAAUGAGGGGAAGACAUUGCUUAUCAGUGAAGACCAGCCUAUGGAGGGAGUGACAGAAGUUCAGCUCAAUGUCACCCAUUCCAACCAGUUGAUAAGGGAAGAAGCACAAGGUAAAAUAAAAGCUCUCCAAGAUGCCAGUUCCUCAGAGGUCAGUUUGGUCCCAUCCACAGGAGUAGCAGCAGAUUUUUUAGAAGGGCUGAAGACAUUCAGCAACUUGUGUAAGCGUCACUCAGACUUAGUGAAGUGCUUGAAGAGGAGCAUAGGGAGAGAUGGAUUCUACAAGCUCAUUGGACUGACUGUAGAUUCUAUUCAUUUACAUGUGAAGGUGUACACCAUCAAAGGGCUACGUUGGCUUCAAAGUGAUGUCCAAAGCGGCCGCAUCGGACAUCAGCUUGGAAAGGUGCUCGUCUCUGAAAAAACGAAGCAGCAAGUUCUAGAGGACAUCGUUCUAGAUGUUGUGCUUGAAGGAAGUGGUGCUUGGGAUCUACUUUCACAUGCAGUCAUUGACCCGAUCCCUCCAAGCACUAGUCUGUCAACAGAUUUUGAGAAUAGGGAAGCAUUGAAAGAAGACAGAACAUCAUCGUCAGAUCUCAUGGCCCAACAAGGACACCCAGUUGUCCCUGAAGCCACUGUCAGAAAUCAGGUUUUCAAUCAAGAGGAAGGAAACUCUGGUCUCCUAGCUUGUAGUUCUCCUCUGGCAACACCCGGAGCAGUUGCUUCAGUGGCACCUCAUGUAUCAAUGAGACAAGAGAAAUGUGGGCCAGAGGAUGCUGUGGACGAAGAUUCUGCAACAAGCACAGAGAAGGCAUAUUCAGAUGAAAUAAAAGUCAAACGAAUCAAGAUGGAAUGUUGUAGGAGAGUUGGAGUUGACGGUGGCAAACUUCAGCUAGAUACCUUUGGGAUUGAACUUGAGAUCCCUCCUGGUGCAAUUGAAAGCGAAGCGCCGCAGGACAUUUCUCUUCGUGUCCUGACAGAUACUCCUAAUCUUGGCAACAGCAAAGAAGAGAUGUCAGUCUGCUUUGGUGUACAGUGUUUAGCCCCUGAUGACUUAGUCCUCAAGUUACCGGUGACUUACAUAAUACCUCACUGUGCUGUGAUUCCACGAUACUCCAGUGUGGAGGCAGUCUUGUACACGGGAGAGGGAGAAUACUCAACCGACGCAGAAGUAAAGGAACGAAUUCCAUUAACACAGUCUGGAAUACCCAAUUGCAACAUCAAGAGAGAUAUACUUAGCUUGCAGAUGAAUCACUUCUCUUGGGCGUACAUCAGAUUAAAGAUUAAAAAUUUCUUCUUUAGAGGGAAGCGAUUGUGUUGCCUGCCAUUUGCCCAAAAGCUACUACCAGAGGAGAGAACUCCUGUCGUCUUACGUGCACAUCUCUAUGAUGACAUGAAAGGGAGCAAGGAGAUGGUAUGCCAGGAACAAGACAUAGGUUUUGCUUGUAUUCAUCCUGAAGUAGAAGUUCUUAUCAAUGUGGCAGAAGUUGACAUCAUAAUGACUUGUUUCAUAGAGGGUGAUUCAAUUGGAGAAUCCACUGUCCAGACUGUCAAGUAUGACGAUAUACGCAGAGGACACCGUUGGAUAAAGUCCUUUAUCUUGAACCUGAGAAGCCAGACAGAUGUAGAGGUAGUAGUGCCCCUGCAAGUAGGUCAGAAAGAACGAUCACUGAAAGAACUACUUUGUUUGUUAAAGUUUCCAACUCCUCACAGAUCGACCAGUCUUCCAACUCAUGGCCUAGAACCAUUGCAGGGUGCAUCAACUUCACAGCCACAGCAAGCAUCACAUCAAAGUAGACAGGAAGACUUUGACGAAAAGCUGACCACUGUUGCUCGAAAAGUUGUCAAGCAUGUAGAGAUAUAUAAACUCGGGAAGGGUCUCGGCUUUGAACCAGAAGAUAUUGAACGUUAUGUCGACACAAACGUGAAGAAUCAACAUAUAUCAUACAUGGGUACACUGUCAAUGCUCCAUGACUGGAGAAAGAAGCAAACCAAGGCAACAGAGUGUGAAGCCUUGAAGGAUAUUCUAAGGAAGGUUGGUCAAAUUCGUCUCGCUGAUGAGCUAUUUUGUACUUUAUGA